UGGGCGCGGGCAUGGGCGCAGCGGCGGGCGGCCGGCCCUGAGCCGCCCCUCCGGCCCCGCCAGCCCCGCCGAGCCCUGCCCGGCCACGGCCAGCCCGGCCCGGCCCCGCCCCGCCCCGGCCGGGCCGCCCGGCGGGCGGAAGAUGCUGCGCACCGGGGGCCGGUAGUACUAUGAUUUGGUAUGUGGCCGCUUUGGUAGCAAGUGUGCUCGGCGCCCGCGGGCUGCCCGUCCAAGGUGCCCUCGGCUCGAGGGAGGAGCCCGAGUUCGUGACCGCUCGCGCUGGCGAGAGCGUGAUCCUGGGAUGCGACGUGAUCCACCCGCUCACGGGACAGCCCCCUCCCUAUGUCGUGGAGUGGUUCAAGUUCGGCGUCCCCAUCCCCAUCUUCAUCAAGUUUGGGUUUUACCCUCCCCAUGUGGACCCAGAGUAUGCCGGCCGGGCCAGCCUGCACGACAAAGCCUCCCUGCGCAUUGAGCAGGUGCGCUCCGAGGACCAGGGCUGGUACGAGUGCAAAGUGCUCAUGCUGGACCAGCAGUACGACACCUUCCACAACGGCAGCUGGGUCCACCUCACGGUCAAUGCUCCCCCCACGUUCACGGAGACCCCGCCGCAGUACGUAGAGGCGAAGGAGGGCAGCAGCGUCACCCUGACCUGCAUGGCGUUCGGGAACCCCAAGCCCAUCGUCACCUGGCUCAGAGAGGGAGACCUUCUGGGUGCCAAUGGCAAGUACCAGGUGAGCGACGGAAGCCUCACGGUGCUCUCGAUCAGCCGGGAGGACAGAGGUGCCUACACCUGCCGGGCCUACAGCAUCCAGGGCGAGGCUGUGCACACCACGCGCCUGCUCGUCCAAGGACCUCCCUUUAUCGUUUCCCCUCCGGAGAACAUCACAGUCAACAUCUCCCAGGAUGCUCUGUUCACCUGCCAGGCCGAGGCGUAUCCCGGGAACCUCACCUACCUGUGGUACUGGGAGGAGGAGAACGUCUACUUCAAGAAUGACUUGAAGCUGAGGGUGCGGAUCCUGAUCGACGGGACGCUGAUUAUUUUCCGUGUCAAACCAGAGGAUGCUGGAAAAUACACCUGUAUCCCCAGCAACAGCCUGGGUCGCUCGCCAUCAGCCUCUGCCUACCUGACAGUGCAGUAUCCUGCCCGUGUGGUGAACAUGCCCCCCAUCAUCUACGUUCCCAUCGGGAUCCACGGGUACAUCCGCUGCCCGGUGGAGGCAGAGCCCCCGGUCACGCUGGUCAAGUGGAACAAGGACGGGCGUCCCCUGCGAAUCGAGAAGUAUUCUGGCUGGAACCUGCUGGAAGACGGGUCGAUCCGGAUCGAGGAGGCCACUGAAGAUGCUCUCGGCACUUACACCUGUGUGCCUUAUAACGCCCUGGGUACGAUGGGCCAGUCUCCCCCUGCCCGACUGGUACUGAAGGACCCCCCCUAUUUCACGGUGCUACCAGGCUGGGAGUACAGACAGGAGGCAGGGAGGGAGCUGUUGAUUCCUUGCGCUGCUGCCGGAGACCCCUUUCCCAUCAUCGCCUGGAGAAAGGUCCUCUCGGAAACGGGGGAACCGUCUGCCUUGCCACGACCGGAGAGACCAGAUCCCCUGCCGGUGGCCGGCGGUGUCCCCUGGGCCGCGCAGGUAGGGAAGCCCAGCAGGAGCAAGCACAACACGCUGCCCGGCGGGACCCUGCAGAUCCGCUCCCUCGGCAAGGACGACCACGGCGAGUGGGAGUGCGUCGCCACCAACAUCGUCGCAAGCAUUACUGCCAGCACCCACCUGACCGUCGUAGGGACAAGCCCUCACGCCCCGACCAGCGUGCACGUCGUGGCCGCCAUGACCUCAGCCAACGUCUCCUGGGAGCCCGGCUAUGACGGUGGAUACGAGCAGACUUUCUCAGUUUGGUACGGCCCUCUGAUGAAGAGAGCCCAGUUUGGACCCCAUGACUGGCUGUCUCUCCCUGUGCCAGCUGGUUCCAGUUGGCUACUGGUGGAUACCUUGGAACCAGAGACUGCCUACCAGUUCAGUGUCUUGGCUCAAAACAAGCUGGGCACCAGCUCCUUCAGUGAGGUGGUCACUGUGAACACUCUAGCAUUCCCUGUAACAACUCCAGAGCCUCUGGUGUUGGUUACCCCACCGAGGUGCCUAACAGCCAACCGGACACAGCAAGGCGUCCUCCUGUCGUGGCUCCCUCCCGCCAACCACAGCUUCCCCAUCGACCGCUACAUCAUGGAAUUCCGCGUGGCGGAGAAGUGGGAGAUCCUGGAUGAUGGCAUCCCGGGCUCCGAGAGCGAGUUCUUUGCCAAGGACUUGUCCCAGGACACCUGGUACGAGUUCCGCGUGCUGGCGGUCAUGCAGGAUCUCAUCAGCGAACCCAGCAACGUCGCUGGCGUGUCCAGCACAGAUGUUUUUCCUCAGCCUGACCUGACGGACGAGGGCCUAGCCCGCCCGGUGCUGGCUGGCAUCGUUGCCACCAUCUGCUUCCUGGCUGCUGCCAUCCUCUUCAGCACACUCGCCGCCUGCUUCGUCAACAAGCAACGCAAACGCAAGCUCAAGCGCAAGAAAGACCCUCCUCUCUCGAUAACCCACUGCAGGAAGAGUUUGGAGUCCCCGUUGUCUUCCGGCAAGGUGAGUCCCGAGAGCAUCCGCACGCUCCGUCCCCCCUCGGAGUCCUCUGACGACCAGGGCCCUCAGGCCAAGCGGAUGCUGAGCCCCACCAAGGAGAAGGAGCUCUCCCUGUACAAGAAGACCAAACGAGCCAUCAGCAGCAAGAAGUACAGCGUCUCCAAGGCGGAGGCCGAAGCUGAGGCCACCACUCCGAUCGAGCUCAUCAGCCGUGGGCCGGAUGGACGCUUUGUCAUGGACCCGGCGGAGAUGGAGCCCUCCCUGAAGACACGGCGGAUCGAGGGCUUCCCCUUCGUGGAGGAGACAGACAUGUACCCCGAGUUCAGGCAGUCGGACGAGGAGAACGACGACCCCGUCGUCCCCACCUCCGUGACCGCCCUGAAAGCCCAGCUCACCCCUCUCUCCUCCAGCCAGGAGUCCUACCUUCAGCCACCAGCAUACAGCCCCCGGUUCCACCGGGCGCUGGAGGGUCCCGGCGCCCUGCAGGCCACCGGCCAGGCCCGCCCGCCGGCCCCCCGGGCUUUCCACCACCAGUUUUACGGUUACCUCAGCAGCAGCAGCCCCGGGGAGGUGGACCCGCCGCCCUUCUACAUGCCAGAAGUCAGCCCACUGAGCUCAGUCAUGUCCUCCCCACCACUGCCCCCCGAGGGGCCCUUCGGACACCCCACCAUCCCCGAGGAGAACGGGGAGAAUGCCUCCAACAGCACGCUGCCCCUGCCCCAGACCCCCACGGGGGGCCGGUCCCCCGAGCCCUGGGGCAGGGCCGAGUUCCCCUUCGGCAGCCUGGAGCUGGCCCCCGCGCCGUUCCCCCACCAGCUCCAGCCCUGUGAGGCGGCUGAGGGCUCCCAGCCCACGGGCUGCCUUCCUCGGGGGCCACCACCCUCCUCCCUCCAGGUGGUCCCUGCAUCCUACUCGGGCAUCCUGCCCCUGGAGGCACCAAAGAGCUGGACCGGCAAGUCACCGGGCAGGGGUCAGUCCUCCGUGCCCACUACCACCAAGUGGCAGGACAAACCUAUGCAACCCAUGGGAUGUCAAGGGCAGCUAAGACAUACCAGCCAAGGUAUGGGCAUACCCGUGUUGCCUUACCACGAACCGUCCGAGCCCGUCGGCCCCAGCGGCACAAGCACAUUCAGCCUGGACACCAGGUGGUACGAGCCCCAACCCCGACCUCGGCCCAGCCCUCGGCAGGUCAGGAGGGCUGAGCCCAGUUUACAUCAGGUGGUGCUACAACCUUCAAGGCUUUCUCCUCUGACCCAAAGUCCCCUGAGCUCCCGCAACAGCUCCCCGGAGCUGACUGCCCGCGCCCGGCCUCGCCCGGGGCUCAUCCAGCAGGCGGAGGUGUCGGAGAUCACGCUGCAGCCGCCCGCGGCCGUCAGCUUCUCCCGCAAAUCCACGCCGUCCUCCACGGGAUCUCCGGCGCCGAGCAGCCGCGGGGACAGCCCCAGCUUCCGACCGACCACCGCCUUCACCCCCGUGGGCACCGGCUUCUCCAACUCCCAGGGCUCCUCCCUGCCCGUGGACACCAUGGAUGUUUUCGGAGACAUCCCUUCUCCAAGGAGGGCUGGCGAGGAGAUUCUCCAACCGGAGCCGACAUCCACCACCACGGUAGCCGCCACAGGAAAACGUCCAUCUCCGCCCGGGGACGCUGCUGCACCUGAGAGGCUCGAAGCUCUGAAAUACCAGCGGAUAAAGAAGCCCAAAAAGUCAUCCAAGGGCUCUUCGAAAUCCCGAAAACAACCCAAUGGCUCUGCCUCCCAGGUUCAGCACCCUCCCAGCUCUCAGGUACUGUCACCUGACGAAGCUGUCUGCCUCCGCAAGAAGAAGAGACACCCUCGUCAGGACCCCUUCGCCCGGCUCUCAGCGCUGAAGGACGACCUCUGCCACCGGCAGCUCCCGGAAGACCAGACAGCCAUUCUCAACAGCGUGGACCACGAUGACACCAGUGGACACGCCACCCUGCUCUAGCCUAGCGCCGGUCCCAGGAGGUUGAACAGGAGCGGUGGAGGGAGCUGGUGUCACACCACGGGGGGAUGGAGGUGAUGGGAAAGAGGGGGGGACACCCCUAAGCUGUCACCUCUCUGAGGGGUUCGGUGGCUCACGGCGGGGACGAGCUGGGGGGACACGGGGGAUGCUUUGGGGAGAAUGCUUUGGGCUGGGUGUUCCUCAAAUCCACUUCUCCCCCACCCCAAACAGUUUGGGUGGGGUGGGAAGGGGAGUGUUGCACCUCGGUUUUGGAAAAGAUCUCUAGGCUUCAAAGGCACGGAUGGAGCUUUUGACAUCUGCGUCGGCAGCGCGUGUUUAGGGGGAAAAUGUGGGAUUGAGCAGCUGGCCCUCAAUCACCAGAAGAAGUUGAAUGGCACAGGGUGUUAAUUAAGUGACAAGAACCUAACAACCCAGGCGGGAACUGGUAAUCCCAUGAAUCUGAUUAUGAUAAACCUGACCAAAUAAUCCCAGGAAAGCUGUAAUUGUGAAAAUCUCCCUGCCUCCCCCUUCCCAGCCUUCUUUGACGUGAAGGUAACAGCAGCAAAACCAUCCGUGACAUCUUUCCUUACCUAUCUCUGAAAGGGAAAAGCCAGAAAGACCCCAAGCCUUCGAAUCAAUGUGAGAAAUCACCAUUUGUCUGUGUGCAAAUGCACUUGAGCCUCGGUAACGUGUGCUUGAUGCCGUGCGAGCACGCAGGUGCGGGGCUGAUGUGAUCUGAGGGUGUUUCCCCCUCCAGGUGUGGCGUGUGCCAGCUUUGAUGAGGGUGGGUUUGAUUAAUUCUGCCCGACACUCUGUGUAUCUCAGGCAAAUGUUCUUCAGCGCCGCGUGGUGAUGUGAUUUCUUACUGUGUGAUGUUUAAUCUCUACCGAUAACUGCAAGGCGGGGAGACGCAGGCGUGCGAGCGAACGGGCUUUGGCUGCGUGGUCCCCAAAGCCUCCGUCGGCAGGUGCUGAGCCCCAGGGAGAGCAUCUGGAAGUGCCCAGCUCUGCGGAUGGACGUGGAUGGCUCCGUGCAAAGCUAAGCCCAGCGUUUCGCGCCAGCUUGAAAUACGUUGCUGCUGGUUUCACCAUUUUUCCCUUUUUCCUUCCUGCUCCAGCCCCGAUGUGUCGGCUGUGACACCUGCCAGGGUUGUGCCCCUCCCUUUUCCCCCUGUUCCCCUCAGUAAUGCUGUUCUAACUCUUCACCAGAAUGUAUUUCCUCUUCAGAAUAGGGUAGGUUUGGUGGCUGGUGGUUUUCUGGAUUGCAUAGGCCUUUUUUUUGGUUUGUUUUUAGCAGGCAAGGUGUAACCCGAGAACAGCCGGGCUCACUUUCCUGUUCUGCCUCCACUCUCUGACUGCGUGGCCUUGGGCAAGUCACUUGACCUCUCUGUGCCUCAGUUCUCCCAUCUGUAAAAUGGGGAAAAGUCAUAUUUGAGCACUUUGGACAUGCACUUGGUGGCCUACGGACUGCAAGUGCUAUGUAAAUGCUUAGUGCUAAUACCAAGCAAUCCCUACCUUUAAAAUAUUUAGAGUUGGUUGUUUUUUUUUUGUUGUUGUUUGAAGUGGUAAAAUCAACCACUGCGUCCAGGUUUGCACAGUUCUUCCUCUGCGGUAAAGUGCUAAACCCUCCAGCCUGCCUGGGAAUAAAACACCGAGUGUUUCAUGUAGAUAUUCUUGCUUUGAGUGGAUUCAGGCUGUAGAAAAAGUGUCAGGAGAGCUGGAGAGCCUGCAGGCAUGCUUUUAGCCCCAGGCUCUCUAUUUGCAUGUGAAACUUUUGUUUAUUCCCAGGUAGAAUUGCCAAGAGAUUCUCUGCAAUCUCGCCUUUAAUUCUGCUUUGCCUUGGUUUUUGCUCUUGCUGCUGGUUGAACCUCCAAGGGCUGAGAUGUUUGGAGGAAGACGUGAGCCCUCGGUUGUGAUCCGGCUCUCUGACCACGCCACGCUUUUAGGUCGGAGCCUGUUGAUUGCUCUGCCUCCAUAUACCUGGUUUUAGAGGUUGUGCUUCCUUUCCCAGCAGGAUGCUCGGGAACCUGUGGCCACCAAAAGCAGAGCACCGUGUCUCUUUUCCAAUCUCCAGGCCCUAAGUAAGGUUUGAACCACUGGACAAUGAAUCCUCUAAAUCGGUAACCAGAUAUUUCUGAGCUUUAACAACUUUCUCAAACCAUCACCAGGUUUGUCUUGGGAAGGAGGGAGGGUCUGGCAGAAAUGCCCCUCUCUUUCCAGCCUGCACCAGGGCUUUUUAUUGACGUGACGAGUGACCUGACGUAAGAACCUCAACUCUCAGAGUGAGAACUCAACUUUGCUAACAGUAUGACUGCGAAUUUCUUUUCUUUGGGUGUGUUUUUAGGGUUUUUCCCUAGAACCUGCUCGGAUCUGAAUUGAUUUAAUGCCAUUCUCCCGCUCGGCAGCGGGGAGAACUCUGCCUGGCUUGGCCAACUUCAGCUCGCCUGUCACUCCAGCCGGGCUGCUCCUGAUGGACAGGUGACCCUCGGGGCCGGGGGAGGCGUGGAGGCUCUGUGCUGCCCGUGCUGUGGCCAACUUGCUCUUCCUUUUGCUCUCAUUGCCUCAGCCUCUGGAACAGAGGGUUGCUUUUCCAUUUGAGUGCUUUCCAAACGAUUUACGACACCCGUUCGGAUGGGCCAGGCGCUGUCUUCAGGCUCUUGAGGUUUCUACCUCAGGACUAUGCCCCAUCCCAUCUUAAGGAGCUCUAGAGGACUUGGAGUGCAGGGCAGGUUGACGGAGCAUGCCGGCUUGCUGGGUCAGUCUUUUGAGAUUUGUUUUCCUUUUGCAGGUGUUUUGAGCCACUGGGCUUUUCAUGGUCUUCGACCUUUAGAGGCUGGAGCUGCAGCCCUCUCUCUUUCAGCCGUGUACCUGCCACGCUGCUGGAGUGGGAAAUCCCGCCCGGGCGCCUCGUGGAAGCAGCUCCUCCCUAAAACCAUCCUUAACUCCUUUCCCUGCUAGACCGAGUUACCUUCCGAUAGACUCGGGCCGUGCUUUGGCUGACUGGCUCGCCUCUUGCUUUGGCAACCUCCUCGCUUCUCCCAGCCCUCUGGUUUCCAUGCCCUUCAGGGUUGCUCCUCUCUCCUUCCGUGGACCUGGAAACAUCGAAGCCGUGUCAGACGAUGCCAAACACUUCCCCCAUUUCACCCCCGUUUGAACUCCGUGUCGCUUUGGUGGUUUGCAAACACAGCUGCUGUCGCUGCUGCUGCUGCUUCUUCAUUUUUAUUUUUUUUUUCUCCUUUCAUGCUGCAAAAUAUAUCUUGAUUUUUAUCUUCCUGGGCCAAACUCUCUUAUUUUCUAAGCUGGUCUGAGGUAGAUGGCUCUUUCUAUAUCAGUAACUGUACGAUUCCUCCUUGCACAUUGUGAACAUGAUGUUCCAUUAGGUCCCUUGGCAAAUCCUGGCCCACGGUGAAAAAAUUCCUCUGAAUCACAAGGAUAUUGUCCCUGGGCUCCGCUGAGGUGUUAGUGCAGGGGUGCCAGCCCAGUUUUGGGGGGUCCUUGCUGAUGCUUCUCCCUGCAAGGUGGCCAUGGUGGGGGUGCUCCAGCACUGGUUUCAUGCCACCUUGGGGAUGGCAGGAUUGGGGCACCCUGAGCUGGGGGAGGUGACAUGGAGAGGUGGGUACAGGAUGCCACGGAGAUCCAGUGGAAAAGGUGUGCUCCUGGGGUGCUGUCCCUUGCAGUCCAACAAUGAGUCCUGGAGCAGGCAGGGAAAAAGGGCAGGGAAAUGCUUUGCCUGCUUUUCCAGCAGGACUUGCUGAGCUCUCAUCCACGUGUUUCUAAGGUGACUUUGCCGUGCAGCCCCAGCAGCGUUUUGGUUCCGCGGUGUUGACGUGAAGGAAAAUGCAAGUUAGUGUAAGAGGGGGAGAGGGAGAGUUCAGGGCUCGUUUGUGGGGCCCUGUUUCUGUGCCUGCCACUGACAGCACCCACAGGCACAGGGAGCGAUGAGUUUGUAGGAUGGGGGAGCUGCAAGGUCCCGGGGUCCCUGUCCAGUCUGAACCUCGGUGUGGUUUGCAGCCUGCCCUCUGAGCUGAGAGGGAGCCCCCAGGGUGUCUGUGUGAGCAGGAGAUGCUUUUCCUGAGAGGAUUCUCAUUCCUGCUCCCCUGUGCCGGUCACCUGUGACUUGGAGGCUGCUUUAGGGCACUGGGGGACUCCAGGCUGUUCAUCUGGUGUUUGUCACCUUGUCAGCUGGCUCAGUGCCGCCUGCUUUGGAGGAAGGCUGGACGUGAUGCUGUUUGGAUGUAUAAAUGUAAAGAGGAUAUUAAGGGAAUAACAGCUUGCUGUACCUACCUCUGGGAGUGUUGAGGACACUGGAUUUGGGCUCAGCAGCCCAGGCACGGUCCUGGGAGGGCUUAGUCAUGUCUGGUGGCAUCCAGACAUGACACACAUUCCAUAGUCAUUGCUGCUCCCACCUUGCUGUCUGUAUUAGGACAAAAUCCACCUGGCAUUUUGGUUUCUCUUCCUGCUUCAGCCAGUGACGUAGAUUUGGGAGUGCUCAGAGUUUUGGGUUGGUUUCAGCUGUAGCUCUUGUCUGGAGGUAUUUUUCCAUGAGGCUGGACCUUCAGGGAUUUCCACACGUCCCACAUGGGCUCGCUGCAGCCCCAGACUGAAGUCAGGGCUUUUUUGGAAGGAAAUCUUCUCAAGGAACCGGAGUAAAACCCACUGUACAUAUGAGAUAUAAAUAGAUAGAGAAGCGUAGGACAAAGGUAGCUAGGUUUGAAGAAUUCAGUAGAUUUGCAUGUCGGGGUUUGUGUGUGUCAUGGGGAGAGUUUAGAGCCGUGCUGGAGCGGGGGAUCGGGAUGGGCAAAGCAGGGAAGGGGCUGGGAGCAGCUGCAGCCUGAGGGGAAUUUGGGGAUGGAGAGGCACCGGCGUGAGCUGCGCCGUGGCCCUGCUGCACACGACAGAUCGCUCUGUUUCAUGAUUUCAUCCCCAGUUUUUAGCUUUGCUUUGUUCAUUGUCUGUAACUCACCCCUGGGCCGCGAGAUGGAGGAGCAGGAGAGACAGGUCCUGUGCUCUGCGUGUCCGAGGCACGUGGGGCGUGACACGGGACACGACAUGGGAGGGGGAUGUCACGUUGCCUCAUCUUUGGUGCCCUCGCUUAAAGAAAAAGCUCCACCACGCAAAAACCCUUCCCUCAAGUCCCUCUAGAUGCUGCUCUCUGGUUACUCGUGUGAAAGCAUUUUGCUUUGCGUCUGUUCUUCCCAGAGAAGCGUGAGUCAGAAGGGAUGAGAGAGGGAUACAGCUAAAUUUGUCCCCUGAGCUGAGGAAUGCAGCACUGGCUGUGCCAGCCAGCCCCAGCAGUGCCUCCUGGGAGGGACAAGAUGUUCUUGACUGUGUCUUUUUAUUUUAAACCUCAUUAGCAGGACUUUGAGGAUCUGAGGCAGAGAGGGGAUUUGGUCACCAGUGAUGCAGAGCUGGUACUGACCCCGGGCAUGGGGACAGCUGGAUUCAGGCUGGAUCCCCACCCCUCUCCCAGAGCCAUCCCUGUGCUGUCUGGGCACGGGGUAGCCCUUAGAAAAAGCAGGAUAUUCACUCCCAUUUCGCCCCUUCAGCCAAAUUCUGUUGGUUUUUUUUUUCUGUUUCUGAGUAUCUUGACUGCUCCCUGCCUGCGUUUGUGGGAAGGAGAGGUGGGAAGUGCAGUUGUUCCUGUUAGAGAUCAGUCAGGGAAUGCUUCGUCCAGGAACUGAGGGCUGGGAAACAGCGACCAGAUUUGGCAACACUGGUGCCAGCAAAAGAAGAAACUUAACACUGCACUCAAUUUCCAUCAGCUGGCACAUCCCCAAGCAGGGAGGACCAGUGUGGUUGUGGGACAGAACUGGAGAUGGGAGCCUGUUCCCCGCCUGGGUGGCUGGGAUGAGAGGGAGCCGCGUUUGCCCGUUUUCCCCAAUUUUAGGUGUUUUGGCACAGCUGGCUGAGCUCUUUUCCUCGGCGUUGCGUGGCAGCAGGACGAGUGUCCCCAGUCCCGGGGCUCUGGCUGACUUUUGAUAUGUGCAUGGAUGGAGGAAGGACCUGGGGAGGGGGUGGGCAGAGAAAGGGGGGGCAGAGGGGCAGGUCCAGGCUCGGGGGCGUUGGAUGAGGCAAGCAUGCGCUCUAGAGGUAGCUAAGGAUUUUUGUACUGGUUGCAGUGGGGUGGGAAAUGCAGGAUGGAGGGGCUGGCAUCCCCCAUGGAGGACAGUUUGCCCAGAUUUUAUAUUUACCAUCAAAAUGACACUUUCUCUCCCAGGAGGGCUUCUAUUCUUGUUCUCCUGAGGUUGCAGGGCUGCAAAAGAGGGUGCCCAUCUUCCUGGGUCUGAAUGCUCCUCGGAUUUCCACCCACUCCCCCCCCCAGCACUUAGAUUAAAAUAAAACGUAAAAAAAAAAAAGACUUGAGAAAUGAGCCCCAGUAUCUUCAUCUAAAGAAAUGAUAUUGGUGUAUCAGAACCGCAUUGUAUAUAAAAUUAAACAAAUAUAUAUUUACUCUCUAUUUUAGAAGGGGGGGAGAAUAAAUAUUUAAAAUAAUUCGUUAGUAAUAGGUGUCAGAAACUUCUGUGCAGCAUGAGAGAGGCUGUCAGAGGUGGGGAGAGUCUCAACAGCAGGAGCAGAGCGAGUAUUUUUACAUUAUAUUGCGCUUCAGCUUCUCUGCUUCUCCAUCCACCUAUAAAUAGACAAAAAUAUAUAUACAAAUAUAUAUAUAUAUAUAUAUAAAAAAUUAUAUAUAUCUAAGUCACAUAGCUGUUUUAUUUUUGUAUCCAUGCCUAGUGCUGUUUGAGCAAUACGGUGGCGAGGGAGAGGAGGGCUGGGCCAGGCUGGGGGGCUUGCAGUGCUCCGGGGGAUCCGCCCUCUCCGGGCCCAGCAUCACCACUGUUUGCUGUUUCAAUAGGGAAAAACACUAAAAAGGGACAAAAUCCCAGGAUGGGGACGCCUGGGCUUGCUGCCAGCUUGCCCAGGGCCAUGGUGAGGUAGUGUUUCCACUGAGGGCUGUCUUGGGCUUUUUUUCCUCAGAGAAAAAAAGACAAAUUUCAGCUCCGAGGACGCUCGGGGAGCAUUAGGCAGCUGCAGCCUGGGGUGGCACAGGAGGGGGACACGCUGUGGGGACAGGGUCCCCACACUGCUGCCUCCCUGGCCACCUGUCCUCGCUGCCCUCAUAAACAUCGAGGGUUUCUGAAACCCUCCUGCAGCCGGUGGAGCCCCUCAGAGCCACCCGGGUGGCCACAGUGGGAUUCCCCAGGUGCCUGCACCCGGCUGGAGUGGGGAGCCUUCUCCAUAGGGAAUGGCAGUGCCUCUGCAGGAGAGUCCCAGGGCUCACUGGUGCUGGGGGGGCUACUGGGGUCCACUGGGCAGGAUGUGGGGCUCUCCCUGCCUGGAUAGGGUGAGGGGCUCUCCUUGCCUGAAUGGAUGGGAUGGGGGCUCUCCCUGUCCCUCUGGAUGGGAUGAGGGGCUCUCCUGUCCCUCUGGAUGGGAUGUGGGGCUCUCCUGUCCCUCUGGAUGGCAUGUGGGACUCUCCCUGCCUGAAUGAAUGGAAUGGGGGCUCUCCCUGUCUCUGUGGAUGGGAUGAGGGGCUCUCCCUGUCCCUGUGGAUGGCAUGUGGGGCUCUCCCUGUCCCUCUGGAUGGGAUGUGGGGCUCUCUCUGUCCCUCUGGAUGGGAUGAGGGGAUCUCCUGUCCCUGUGGAUGGGAUGUGGGGCUCUCCCUCUCCCUGUGGAUGGGAUGAGGGGCUCUCCCUGCCUGGAUGGAUAGAAUGGAGGCUCUCCCUGUCCCUGUGGAUGGGAUGUGGGACUCUCCCUGUCCCUGUGGAUGGGAUGUGGGGCUCUCCCUGUCCCUGUGGAUGGGAUGUGGGGCUCUCCCUGUCCCUGUGGUUGGGAUGAGGGGCUCUCCCUGUCCCAGUGGGUGAGGUGGCAUCGAGCCCUGGCACGGUGGGGGAUGUGCUGGGGAUAUUUGGGGCUUUUCCUUCAGAGCAGUACGGACCCGCCGGAUCCCUGCCCCCUUCCUCCUGGGCUGUGGGAGGACGAGGAGCCAGUUUGGGACUGAGCGAUGCCAGGGAGCUGCAAACCCCCCCUCUGCCUUCACUGGGGCACGAUUUGGGGAUUGUCUUUGGGCAGUGAUGACUGGGGCUUCACUCCCCUCAGUCGGUGUCCCACAGUCCUGGGCUCUGGGGGGGUCCAGGUGCUGUUGUUUGGGCUCAGAUGUCCCCGAGGGGACGGUGGCACAGCCCUGGAGUGCUUACACCCCUCCAGAGGCAGGCAGAGGUCCCUCAGCGUGGUCAUGCCAUGUCCCCAUGGCUGAGGCACCCCCGGGAGCUGGCCCCUCGCAGCAGCCCCGUGUCCUCUGUAGGUGUCACCUGUAUUUUCCAUGAUAUUUCUCUCUCUUCUUCGUCGGGUCGGGGGGGGCUGGGGUGGGGGAUGUUUCUAAUAUCCAGCCGAGAUUUGUUCAGCACCAAUUCUUGAUAUCGAAGCAAAGCAUGUUUGGUGGGACUAACUUGCAUUUAUUAGCGGUAAAUACAUAAGUGAGUAUUUUAUAUGUUAAAAAAAAAAACAAACGAGAAAAAAAAAAAAAAAAAAAAAGGAUGUCAGGAGAAAGAGAAGGGAUGAGAUUUCUCACCUGUCCAGGCUGGGGGGCUGCCUUGCCCCCCACCGGUGGGGCUUUGGGUAUUGCUGGGGGUGGGCAGGGGGGCGGGCAGCUUUCUCCUUUCCCCAUCUCCCCUGGAAUCACUUACAGAAAAAAAACAGGCAAAGGAAAGCUAGAAAUGUUUACAAAGCACACUUCCCACAGUACCGUUAACCCUCUGGAUGCCAAACAGACACAUCAGGAGCUGCCCCCUCCCCGCGCUCAGGGGCGGUGGCUCCCGCAGCAUUGUCCUGCUUCCCGUGGUUUCUUUGGUUUGGUUUUUUUUGGACACCAUCCCCGCUGCCUCCAUCUGCGUGCACCUGCCCGGAGCUUGCUGUCCAGGGGGGGUUUGCUUCUGCCCCCUCCCAGGCUCUUCCCACUCGGCUGGGAGCUCUGGGAAGCGCCUGUCUCUGCUCGGGAGGUUCUGGCUCGGUGGGAGAUGCUGGCACUCACUCCUUGCCCUCCCAGAUGCACUUUAAGGCCAAACUUCCCUUUUUUUCCUUCUCCGGGGCUGGCACAGAGCAGGCAGGGGAUGCUCCCGUGGCCCCAGGGGGUGCAGGACCUUCCACACAUCUGUGCAGGCUCUGGUCCCUUGGCAUUUCCCAUGUGGGGAAGCCCUUUGGAAAUCCUGGGAAUGCCCACCUUGCCAUAAGGUUCAUCCUUUGGGCAUUAGGGGAUCACACCUGUACUCCAGCUCCUCGGGGAGCAGCCCUGGAUCCCCCCGGGAGCAUCUCCAGCUCUCCCAUGGGAGCAUCCCUGGCUCUCCGGGGGAGCCCAGACUUUUUAAUCCCCUUUUACUAGGUUUGUAGACUCUCUGAACCCUCGUAGACCUCCAUAGGUAGCUCUUGAUUUAAUCCCCUCCUAACCCCACAGUGUUUUGCCCUAAGGCAGGAUUUUCUUCCCAACCCAACGCGUCUCUGGUUGCGUGGGACAACUUUUUCCUCUUUUUAAGAAGAAUUUCUUGCCUCUGGAUAUAAAGACUAGACCAUCCAACCUUGUUUCCAUCUCUUGAAUGUCGAGUAUUACGAUGUAUAACACACGUUAGGGUGCUCUUUGGUGCUGUUUCAAUGGUAACCAGUGGAACUGACUUUUUUAAAAUAACAAUAACAAUAAAAGAAACUUUAGUGCCGCUGGUUCCAUAACGUUCGUUGUCGUGACUUUUUUUGUUUUUUCCUUUUUUUGGAAGUUUUGUUAGGGUUUUGGUUUCUUUUUAUUUUAAUUCUUUUUUAAUUUUACUAAACAGUGAGUAGCGAUCAGCUGCCGGGUUUCUGUGGUGUUGGUUUUAGGGACUGGUGGCUGCUGUGAGCUGGGCGGGCCGCGUCACAAUUUAGUGGGAUUUGGGAUCAAGUAGCUUCAUUUUGGAACUGCACACAGCAAAACGAGCAUUUGACGGGAGCCCAGACGGCAACUAGAGGGUUAAUUUUUGAACUUUCAGGUAUGUUCCUCAGAAGAAAAUAAUAAAAAAAAUAAUAAAAAAAAAAUAAGAGAAACAAAACACUAUUUUUUCAGUAAGCUUUUUUUUUCUGUAAACGAUUUACAAAUAAAUCUGACAUGAUGGUGCUGUACCAAAGCCUUAUACGAAACUUAUUCCGCUCUCUCUAUAAUCUCUCUGUAUCUGUAUUGUUGCUCUCGGCCUCCGCCAAGGCCAGGAAAUGCCAGCAGGAGGGACCGAUGGCCGCGCUCGCCAUCGGCAUCCCUGGGAUUCCCCGGGAUGGGAAUCGUCAUUCCCCGGAAUUCCCGGCCCGCGGGGAGGGAAAGCCAAAUUUCAGCAUGAGGGGCACAAGUGGGGGUCCCUCACCCCAAACUCUCCUUCCGACUGGGUGCUAUCCUGCCCUGGGCAGGGAUCCGAGACCUCGCUGGGAGCGCUGCCCGCUGCUCCCGGCCUCCCCACGGCGGCUCCGAGGCAUUUUUACCCACCGAGCCCCCUCCUCCGGGGGGAUUUUACAUCUUCCAGCUCAGCCCGACCUCCGCGGCGCUUAGCCGAGCCCUGGCUCUGCCCUGCGAGCCCCCUCCCAGCCCUUCCCUGGGGCCGGCCAGGAGCCGGGGCUGCUUUGAUAGCUCGAAGCAAUAAUCCCACUCUGCCAAGAAAGCUGGGUCCUUUCGGCUCUUGGACUGUUGUCAGUUAAUGAGUAAAUGCUCAUAAGCCAACAAAAAGUGGAAGAAACGAGAGUUUGAAGCCCUGCCUUACUGGGAGUAGCUGGCCCCUCGGUCUCUGCCUGUUGGAAUUUUAAGGCCUGCUGAGUACUUAAUUUAUCGCCGGUAACAUUGCAUGUUCAUAGAUUGACUUCUUGAGUUGAUUUUUCUUAUUUUAAUGUACCCACUAUAAGAAAUUCUGGCAGUGUUGCAAUGUUACGUACAACUAGCCAUGCUGUAGGAGAAUGAUGGGUUUUGGAAUCGAUUAACUUGCUCCUCAUGUAACAUUACCCUGCUUCAGAAAUGUUUUGUAUUUUGAUAUAAAUAAACAUUUGCUAAAAAAAAA